UGUGCUUAGGACAUGAUCUCCUUCCCUGAGGUGGCUGUGAACUUCUCCCCAGAGGAAUGGCUGUGCCUGGAUGCCUCUCAGCAGAAGCUCUACAGAGACGUGAUGCUGGAGACUUAUGGGCACCUGCGGGCAGUAGGGCAUUGUGGGGUGAAACCUGUGGUGAUCUCCUGGUUGGAAGAUGGAAACCUGGAGAGGCUGCCGAGUGGCCUGUUUGCAGCAGAACCAAAGCCAGAAAUCCACCCAUGUUCCUUCUGCUCACUGGCUUUCUCCAAACAGAACUUCCUCUAUCAUCACUUGAAACGAAGUCAUCCCUCUCAGAUCCUCCCAGGAACAUCUGCAAGAAAGCAAACUCAAUCAGAGAAUUCCUGUCCAUCUAAUCAGAACCACCAACAGCAACAACAUUCUAAACCUUAUUAUGAGAAACCAAGAAAUGACAUACCUGAAAGUCAAAAGCAGAAAGAAAUCUCCGUACAUUUGGAUAAAAAGAUGAGGCAUAAAAUAAUGUCAACAGCCUUAUCUAGACCAUAUUAUAGUCAAAUAGGGUGCUCUAAUAAAUAUGAGAUUUCAAAUGAGGAAAUAACUAACACAUGGCAUAAAGGAAAUCCAAAGGCCAUAGGGAGAGUAGAUCAAGGAUUAGAAAUGCCAACAAUUUUCAGAGACAAGACUGUCAGGGCUGGGAAAGGUUUCUCUGAUGUAUCAAAGGUCACACACACAUGGGAGAUGCCCCAUGUUUGCAAGGAAUGUGGACGAUGUUUCAGUUGUAGUUCAAAUCUCAUCAGACACCAGAGGGUACACACUGGAGAGAAGCCCCAUGUUUGCAGAGACUGUGGGCGAUGCUUUAGUCAGAGGUCACCUCUCAUCACACACCAGAGGACACACACAGGGGAGAAGCCACAUGUUUGUGGGGAGUGUGGGCGAGGCUUCAUUGACAGGUCAAGUCUCAUCAAACACCAGAGGACACACACUGGAGAGAAGCCCCAUGUUUGCUUGGAUUGUGGGCGAUGCUUCAGUCAUAGAUCAAGUCUCAGCAAACACCAGAGGACACACACAGGGGAGAAGCCACAUGUUUGCAGGGUGUGUGGGCAAAGCUUCCGUGAUAGGUCAACACUCAGCAGACACCAGAGGACACACACUGGAGACAAGCCCCAUGUUUGCUUGAAUUGUGGGCGAGGCUUCAGUCAUGGUUCAAAUCUCAUCAGACACCAGAGAACACACACAGGGGAGAAGCCACAUGUUUGCAGGGAGUGUGGGCGAGGCUUCAGUGCUAGGUCAGUUCUAAUCACACACCAGAGGAUACACACUGGAGAGAAACCCCAUGUUUGCAUGGAAUGUGGGCAAUGCUUCAGUCGUAGUUCAAGUCUCAUCAAGCACCGGAGGACACACACUGGAGAGAAACCCUAUGUUUGCAGGGAAUGUGGGCAAUGCUUCACUGACAACUCAGGUCUCAUCAAACACCAAAAGAUACACACAGGAGAGAAGCCUUAUGUUUGCAGGGAGUGUGGCCGAGGCUUCAUUGCUAGUUCAGGUCUCAUUAGACACCAGAGGACACACACUGGAGAGAAGCCCCAUGUUUGCAGAGACUGUGGGCGGUGCUUCAGUCAUAGACCACAUCUUACCAGACACCAAAGGAUACACACCGGAGAGAAACUCCAUUUUUGUAGGGAGUGUGGACGAGGCUUCAGUCGUAGGUCAAGUCUGAUCACACAUCAGAGGACUCACAGGGGAUAGGCCUCAUGUUUGCAGGGUGUGGUCAAGGUUUCAGUCAUAGUUCAAUUCUCAUCAAACACCAGAGAACACACACUGGAGGAAGCCCCAUAUUUGCCGGGAAUUGUGUGAGGCUCCAGUCAGACAUCAAAGCUCAUCACA